GGUCGCGCGGAUAUGGCGGAAGAGGUGCGGCAGGAGCUCUCGGCGCUGGCCGCGAUCUUCUGCGGGCCACACGAGUGGGAGAUGUUGAGCUGUUCAGAGACAGAUGGGGCUGUGUUCAGAAUUCACACAACAGCUGAAGGACUUGUGGGUGAGGAUGUGCCCUUAGAGCUGGCAUUCCACUUACCAGCCGGUUACCCUUUGUGUCUACCCGGCAUCUCGGUUAACUCGGAACAUCUGACCAGGGCCCAGUGUGCUACCGUGAAGGAGAAGUUACUUGGAGAAGCCAGGAAGCUUUUGUCAGAACCGAUGGUUCACGAGCUGGUUCUUUGGAUUCAGCAGAAUCUCAGACAGGUCCUCAGCCAGCCGGAGACCGCAAGCAGCGGUGAGAAGUGUACUUUGCCAGAAAGCACGGCUGUGGACCAUGGACUCUGGAUGACUCUUUUGCAUUUAGAUCACAUGAGAGCGAGGACUAAAUAUGUCAAAGCUGUGGAGAAGUGGGCUUCAGUGUUAAGGCUGACAGGAAGACUGAUGUUCAUGGGUAAAUUAAUACUGAUUUUACUACAAGGAGACAGAAACAACAUCAAGGAGUACCUGAUUCUUCAGAAAACCUCCAAAGUAGAUGUGGACUCAAGUGGAAAGAAAUGCAAAGAGAAAAUGAUUAGUGUACUGUCUGAAACAAAAGUACAAACGGAACACAAAAGGUUUCUGGCGUUUGAAGUCAAAGAGUAUUCAACACUGGAGGAGUUACAAAAGGAAUUCAAAGCUGCAGGACUUCAGGAGCUCUUCUCGGAGUGUGUACUGGGGCUGGUAAAGUGCCGUGAAUGACAGGAACCCUUGGUAAAACAGCCUGGUUUUGAUUGCCUGCUGCCUUUGGGGAUGGGUUCAUUGAAGCAGUCCUAAGAGAGCAAUCUGAGAUUUCUCUGAAGCAAAAUCAUUCUCAUUUCAGGAAGAAAAGCGAGUCCUGUUUUAUAGAAUAUUAAACAUGAAAAGAUCCCAUAUAUUCUAACGUUUGCCAGAAAAGACGAGGUUCAAUAGACGGGAUUUCUGGAGGAGAAAUAAAAAAAAAAAAAACCCACGAUGGUAAAGGAGCUGUUGUGUUUCUAGGGACAAUUUGUUUAAAAGUCUGCAAUUUUCAGGCUAAUUUUCUCGUAAUUAAAUGAUUUCUUAAAGUGA